GGCCCUCCAGAAAGCCCCGCGGGGCUUGCUUAAGCUGCGCGCUCUGGAUGGGAGGGGCGCGGCGCAGCGUCUGGAGUCGCCUCCGUCCCCGUCCGUCUGCCCGCCCGCCGUUGGUCCCUCCAGCAGCCCGCCUGCUGGGCAGGGCCGGCCCGGCCCGGCCAUGGAGUCCUACGACAUCAUCGCUAACCAGCCUGUGGUCAUCGACAACGGUUCGGGGGUGAUCAAGGCUGGCUUUGCCGGAGACCAGAUUCCCAAAUACUGUUUCCCAAACUAUGUUGGGCGCCCCAAGCACAUGCGGGUGAUGGCUGGAGCCCUGGAAGGGGACCUCUUCAUCGGACCAAAAGCAGAGGAGCACCGGGGGCUGCUGGCCAUCCGCUACCCCAUGGAGCACGGAGUGGUGCGGGACUGGAAUGACAUGGAACGCAUCUGGCAGUACGUCUACUCCAAGGACCAGCUGCAGACCUUCUCCGAGGAGCAUCCUGUUCUUCUAACGGAGGCCCCACUCAACCCGAGUAAGAACCGGGAGAAGGCGGCAGAGGUGUUCUUUGAGACCUUCAACGUGCCAGCCCUGUUCAUCUCCAUGCAGGCUGUGCUCAGCCUGUAUGCAACAGGACGCACAACGGGAGUGGUUUUAGACUCUGGGGACGGGGUCACCCACGCCGUCCCCAUCUACGAGGGCUUUGCCAUGCCGCACUCCAUCAUGCGGGUGGACAUUGCCGGCCGUGACGUCUCCCGCUACCUCCGGCUGCUGCUGCGCAAGGAAGGGGUCGACUUUCACACCUCGGCCGAGUUUGAGGUUGUCCGGACCAUCAAAGAGCGGGCCUGCUACCUGUCCAUCAGCCCGCAGAAGGAUGAGGCUCUGGAGACAGAGAAGGUGCAGUACCUCUUGCCGGAUGGCAGCAUGCUUGAUGUGGGGCCAGCGCGAUUCCGGGCCCCUGAGCUGCUGUUCCAACCAGACCUGAUAGGGGAUGAGAGCGAGGGGCUCCACGAGGUGCUGGCCUUCGCCAUCCACAAGUCCGACAUGGACCUACGCCGGACACUGUUUUCCAACAUCGUCCUUUCAGGUGGCUCCACGCUGUUCAAAGGCUUCGGCGACCGGUUACUAAGUGAGGUAAAGAAGCUUGCCCCAAAGGACGUCAAAAUCAAGAUCUCGGCCCCUCAGGAACGGCUAUACUCGACAUGGAUCGGCGGCUCCAUCCUAGCCUCGCUGGACACUUUCAAGAAGAUGUGGGUAUCCAAAAAGGAAUAUGAAGAGGAUGGCUCCCGGGCUAUUCAUCGUAAAACGUUCUAGCGCCCAAAGAGGAAGGUGGAGGGAGGAGAGGAUGGGAGAAGAGGAGGCCAGAGUCCUUAACCUUUUCUGGUCCAGGUUCACAACCUAGGCCUCGGGUCCCUGUGUGCCCCGCUUCCUGGGCAGGUGGUGCAACAGUGCUUUCCUGCAGCCCAUCCACACACACUCACAUGCACACACAGACACGCACACACACACAGUAACAUUUAGCUGCGUGGAUGAAGGCUUGAGCUGGCAUAGAAUGGAUGAGCCCAGCUUUGGGCUGUAUGAGUGUCCACCUUGGCAAGCCAGUUAGGCCUACAGCUCCUUGCUCUGCCCCUUGGGGCUGCUUCCCCAAGUUCCAUGGCCAGACACCCAAACAUCAUUGAUAGGAUCCCUCCCAGGGCUAGAGCUCCUGGAUGCCUGUGUAACUAGCCUUGGGGAGAGGGGUGGAGGAGGGGGCUACCCACUGCUGUGUCACUGCUUCUCGUGCCACCUCUUCUUCCUGGCCUGACAGGGUAGCCCUCAGGCCACACCUAGGCAUCCCCACUGCAUUCACAUCCUGCCCACCCACCUUCCUGGGUGGAUGCCUGGGUGCAGGCUGACUACCUGGCACUCUUCUGUCCCCAGUGAGGGGGUCUGGCCCAGGGUCCAACCCUGUGCAGCCAGGGCAGAGGACACAUGGGGUUCGGGCAGCCACGGUGUGUUGCAUUUUCCCUCUCAGAGCACUUCACUGACUUGCUGCUUCCUCUCUACCCCAAUACCCGGGACAGGAAGGGUUAAUGGUCUUCAUUUGUUGAGAGGAAGCCACUUAAUCAGGAAUCAGACCUAGUAGGAGUUGGGGGGGACACAUUUUCUCCUCCCACUUCUCCCACAAAAGAAGUCUUCAUUCACCCUGUGGUCAGGACCCCCACCUCCCUCUCCUACACAUGUACAAGAAUUUAACACAGUUGCCUGGAAAAACCUCUUUUUGUAAAUCAUUAUAGUAAUAAUUAUGGACAAAGCCCA